AUGGAGUUUCUGGAAUGUGUCAAACUUUACGCCAAUAAACCGUUAAAUUCUCUGGCGAAUAGCUCAGCGGUAAAACCUGAAGCCAUCGAUUGGAAUGGACGAUUACAAACAAUACGUCGAUCAAUUAUCGAUCAAUUAGGUCGAUUGAAAAUCGAAGAAGCUUGCCUACAGAAAUUGGCUUUGAAAAACGAACAAACCAAACGUGUACAAUCAACGAUUACCGUUUCGUCAGUCAAUAAUACACCAGAAGAUUUAUUCACAAAUAAUCGAAAACGGUUUUGUACCCUUCCUGUACAUAGUUUUGAUGUUGAUACUAUUAAUCGGACUGAACUUGAUCUUGAUUAA